CUGGGUGAUUCCUGUGAUUCCAGCAUCACUCUACAGUGACAAUACUUCCGCUUUGCUAGCCGUAAUGGACUGCUUUAUUUCAGGAACAAAUAAUCUGAGGAAACACAUAAGAGAAUCAGAUAUUGAUACAAAGAUGACUUCAGAUUUGACAAUUCGAGAUCUCCUUGAGCACCCACAGUGUGUGAAUGAUCUUGCUGUCUGUCUUGACUCGGUCAGACACAGAUCAUUAAGUAACUGGGAACACUGGGCUAAAGAGCUUGGCAUCCCCUUCGAAAUACGAGAAAAAUGUGCCUCAAGGAAUGAACACAGUGCAACAGAGCGACUUUUUCAGUUUCUCGGGACUAUUAGACCAGAGCUAAGGAUUGCUGAGCUAAGAGAAAUUUUGUCAAAACGCAAUCGCACUGAUGUCACCAAUCUUCUUGUUGAUCUCUCAGACGAUGAAAAGGUUGCAGAGUGUAUCACAUCAAAGGCAUUUCUCCUGGAUACCAUUGCUAGCUUACUUGAUUCCACAGACCAUGCAGGGCCAGUCUUUAACUGGCGUGGCCUAGCAACUGAAUUGGGCGUGCGAAGGGACACAUGCUAUCUGUUUGAGACGGACUCUGCCGAGAAUCCAACAAUUCUCUUAUUUGAGUAUCUUGCCGCAACAGCACCAGGGCAUCGCAUGUCCAUCCUACUUGGUCAUCUUAAACAAAUGGAAAGAAAAGAUGUAAUUGACAAAAUUGGAGAAGAGAUAUUUAAAGAAAAUGCUCACAUCUCCGAGGUUCUCACCCCAAACUCUCCAAACUCAUUGCUACUCCGUGACAUCGCUGACCUAUUGAAUAAGGAUAUUCAAGGGGUUGCCAAUUGGCGUAAACUCAGUUCAUAUUUUGGUGUACCCGUGCAUGCCUUGGAGCUGAGGAUGUCCCAGUGCAGCCCUACUAGAAGGAUGCUUAGCUGGCUGGCAAGUUCAGAGCCUCGUCUUUCUGUUCAAAAGCUGAUAAAAACACUAAAGAAGAUUGGGCGGCAUGACGCAGUUAAAAUUCUAGAAGAAGCACAAAUUAAAACUCCAACUCAAGGUGGCAUGGUACUUGACGCUUACGACAUAGGCGAGCACCAUUUAGAGGAUAAUGGUCUUGACGAGACAUUCGAUAAACCCGAGGAUGAGCCGUCAGAAGAUGAGGGGGCCCAUUACCUAUCACGUCAGGGAAGUCCUUCGCAUGCUGUUCCCAUACCUGAUGAUUCUCGCUCAAAGAAACCCGUGGAACAAGGGAGCUCUGGCGAUUCAUCGUCUGACUUUUCACGAUUAUUCUCAGCUGGAAGUUAUUCGCAAUUUUGGGGAAUUCAAGAAAUGACAUCUGAAGAACGAAGCGGCAACCUUCUAAGAAAACCACGCUUCCUUCAGUCGAUGGAGCAAGAGAAACAAAAAUUAAAAGGUGCAUUGUUGGAUGGCGACUGCGAUGUUAUCGUUGUGUUUGCGCCAACUGGAUACGGCAAGACACAUUUGGUGGUUUACGUCGCGCAUGAGUUGGAGGACGAUUUCCGCUGGGCUGCGUUGUAUGUGAAUUGCAGGGGCAUAAAAAGUGUCGAAGCACUCGCAGAAGCAAUACUUGAAGAGAUGACCAAGAGAGCUUGCAUCACAAAUACGCCUAUGCAAAGCGUCCUACUAGCCGUGCAGAAACUACGACGAAACACCGUCCUAGUUUUAGAAAACUACGAUGAUUUUCUUCACGAAGAGCACGCAAGGUCGGCGCAGGAAACAAAUGCGGGCAAAGAUCUUCCUUGCAUGACCACUCUUCGAAAUGAUAAGCGCAUUCCAGUAAGUGCCCUGAUCGAGAAACUGGCGCAAUCUAGGUGCGCCGCAACUUUCAAACUUAUUCUGACUUCGCGUGAACGCUUAAGCUUUCCAUUUGAAGUCGAGUCGAUCAAAGUAGAUGGCCUAACGGAUGACCAAAUCGUAAAAUUCCUGAUGACUAGAAAGCGUGACUUGGAUGAGCCUACAGCUACUCGCCUUGCUUCUUUCUGUGAUGGUAUUCCAGCAGUCGCGAUCGUCAUGCUCAACUUCCUGAAGACGGAAAGAGCAGACCUUCUCGAAUCCAGACUUGCCUCCUGUCUGCCUUCUGAAGUUAUCGAUGAAUUUACAUCCAAUAGCCAGAUACCGGAGGAACGCAUUGAUCGCAUCCUUGAUCUCUGCUUCCAGCGAAUGACACAGGCCUUACAAGAGGCUCUUAUUAAGGUGUCUGUCUUCCCAUUCCGUUUCACACUCCAACAGGCUCUUGACGUCAUAACCCAUCCUGACGGUACCCAAUCGUGCUCAAAAAAAAGCCUUCACGACCUCGAGUCCAAGUAUGGCUUUGUAAGCUUUGAUUUGCGUCUAGAACUCUACUACGUCAAGUUUUUGUUUCGCUCGUUCGGAAUGAAGAAAGCACUCGAGCAUAAAGACUUCCAGUUGGUGUACAGAGCUUCAAGGAUUGCUUUUACAAACACUAAGAUGUCAUUGCUGCGAGAUUUAGAGAAGCAGUUCUUCAGCCGUGACUCCAUGUCAGCAAUCAAGCAAUACUUCCAAGAGAAGCCAAACUUGAACCAGAUUUUGAACUGGUGUGUGUUCGACUGUGAUCUCGAUGAUGAUGAGGUAAGAGAGCAUGUCCUCGAUACUUUAGUGGACGUUGUCGUCUUGUUGAUGAAAGUCCUGAGGCGGAACGAGUUUGAAGCUUUAUUUUCGCGAAUAUACCAUCUAAGCUCAAGAAACAAGGCCAGAGCCGUGACGUGUGUGAUCUUUCUCGGAGCUAACAUCGUAUUAAGUUGCCAAUGCGACGAGCCCGCGUUGUGUGCACGGGCUUACGUACGAUCAUCGAAAUGCUUGGAAAAGGCCAAUCAGAGUCUAGAUGAAGUAUCAGAUGGUGCGCGUGCGCAAUGCCUCAGCAAACUCGGCCGCUGUUCUGUGCGUUGUGGGGAUAAGCAUAAGGGGUUUCAGCUAAUUAAUGAGGCUUUAAAAAUACGGCAUCGUUAUGCCAAGUCCUCCAGCAUGGGAGAUGACGACAUGGGAGACGACGAGAGACGGAAGAGAGAGGUGAUGUUGGCUGCCUGUUACAAUGACUUUGCAGCUUCUGAGGACUACAUUGGUGAGCACAAGAACGCCAUACGCAUUCGGACAGAAAAUGUUCUUCCUUCCUAUGAAUUCCAUCUUGGCCAUCACCCAUUCACUGCCUCAACGAAUUGUCACAACGCAAACAGUUACUUAAAGCUGAAAAAGUACGACCAAGCGAUUGAGUGCAGUUAUAAAGCGUUGGAGUGCAGAGAGGCGUUGCUAGGCGACCAUCAUGAAACGGCGCGGUCGCUGUACAACCUUGGCUUUGCUUUCCUCAUGAAAGGUGAUUUUAAAACUGCUGUUCUUCGUCUGGAGCAGGCGAAAGCAAUGCAGCAGAAAGUCCUCGACACCUCGGAGGAGGUCAAGAAAACACUUGAACGAUUAGUACAAGCGUAUAGGGAACUGGACGAUCAGGAAAGCGCCGACAAAAACAUCGAGGAGAUCAAGUCUUUGCAAGCAGCCACGUGGCAGUGUGACGACCCGCUCUAGCCCAGGAUGGGGGCUUCCAGUAAAACAGACGGGGGUGAUCGACAGCAAAAUCAAUUUUAACCCUAAGGGAUAGCACUAUUGUUAUGUUACCGACAAUAUAGCCGGAAGUCUCAACCGA